UGCAGAAAAGAAAGCGAGCGUGUUAUCAGGAAGAAAAAGAAAGUAGAUGACCAGGAAUUGAAAGUUGUUCACGCGCCUCAGAUACCAUCUGCAAUGUUUUUGAAAUAUAACACCGAUCUCGGGCCACCAUUUCAUGUUAUUGUGGACACAAAUUUCGUCAAUUUUUCCAUCAAAUAUAGAAUUGACAUGAUGCAAGGAUUUAUGGAUUGCCUCUAUGCAAAAAAUAGUCGUUUCAAACGUCUGAUAUGUUCACACAAAGGCGUCUAUGCUGAUGAUUGCAUUGUGCAGCGUGUCACUCAGCAUAAAUGCUACAUUGUUGCCACUUGUGACAAAGAUUUGAAACGAAGGAUACGCAAAAUUCCCGGUGUACCAAUCAUGUACAUAAGACAGCAUCGAUUUUCGAUAGAACGCAUGCCGGAUGCAUACGGCGCACCCGUGAACUAA